CUUAAAUUACUGUAACCUCUUACAAAAACCGGCAUUCAAAGUCCCUCAAUAGGCGUCACAACCAGCAGCGUGCACAAUCGUUUCCAACAAUUCGGUCCAACGCUGGGUCCAACGGGUCGCAGUAGCGAUGCAUACAAAUUUUCAACAAGUCCUUCUUUUGUAACAGUGUAGACGGUCUGCAGAGCUCCCUGGGCUCGUCGCAACCGCCAGUUGACCGAAACCUGGACCGAAAUCGCUUGCUACAAUGCUUUGCUUGCUGCGGGAGCCGCGGUGAUAGAUACGGGUGGCGCUGGGAGAAUGGAGAGGUGGCCCUCCCACGGCACGCGUCACGCGGCCCUGCUGCUGUGGGUGUGCCUGCUGGCGCUGCUGGCGCUGCACCUGUCCCUGGACCUCAAGGGAGACAGCGGCAUCCACAGCAUACGAACCCUGGGGCAUGCCCGCAGCAGCGCCACUGACACCGGCCCCGGCAACAAAGGGGCGCCAGGCGCUGGUGCUGGCAGUAGCAGUGGGGCGCCAGGCUCUGGCAGUAGCAGCGCCAGGGCUGCGGCUGCAUCAGGCGGCAAGGCCGCGGCAGUAGCCGUGGCCCCAUUGGUUCUAGCAAAGGGCGCGCGCGCCGCGGCUGCAGUGGCGGCGGCAGAGCCUGGACCCGGAUCCGGACCUGGAUCUGGAUCCGGGUUGGGGCUAGGGCUGGAUCCGGAGGUUGAGCGGGCGCUGCAGCAGCUGGGCGCCCAGGUGACAGACUGGGACAGCUACAGCCCCGUGCUGGCCAGCAGCGGCAGCAGCGGGGCGUCAUGCCGCAGUAGCAGCGGUAGCAGUGGCAGUAGCAGCAGUAGCAGUGGCAGUAGCAGCAGUAGAGGCGGUGACAGUAGCGGGAGCGGCCUCGUGCAGUCGGCGCGGGUGGGGUACUACACGCGGCACACGGGCACCCUGUGGGACUGGAUGGCGGUGGCGGGGGCGCUGCGGCUGCAGUGGGAGCGGCGCAACCCGGCCUGGUGGUACGGCAAGUACGGCAUGAGCGCCGCAACCGCCGCCGCCAUCUGGGAGGGCACCGGCUCCCGUACGGUGUGUCCGCCGCAGUACGACGUGCUCGUGUACUGCGACACGGUGGUUGACGCCCGACCCGUGCUGGAGCGGUUGGUGGCGGCGGGCGGGGCGGUUGGUGGCGCCAGUGGCAGUGGCAGUGGCGGUGGCGGUGGCUGUGACAAGCCGAUCGUGCUGCAGGUGACCAACCGCUACGACUGGAAGGUCAGGGACGCCGCCGCCUACCUGGCUCUGAUGCGGGCGGCGGCCGCCAACCGCCACGUGUGGUGGGUAACCAACUCGCCCUUCGAGCAGCUGUACAUGAGCUGGCAGGGGCUGGAGCUGCCGCCCGAGCGCCACCUCAUGCUGCGACCCGUGGGAGCCGCCGUGCUGCCGCCGCCGCCGCCACUCACCACCUCUCACAGCAGCCCCGGAUCCAGAUCCGGAUUUGGAUCCGGAUCCGGCGGCCUUGACCGCUCGUCCACCUUUGCUGUGGUGGUCAAGGGCAACAGGGCCAAGCACCCGGAUCGCGACGUGCUACUGCCGCAGCUGCGGAAGAUGGGGCUACUGCCGUCACACGGCGGCAGUAGCAGUAGCAGGAGGAGCAGCGGUACGGCAGGCGGCGGCAGCAGCGGUACGGCAGAGGGGCAGCAGCAGCAGCAGCAGCAGCAACAGCAUGUGGUGCACGUGUACGACAGGCAGUACGGCGGCCCGGCGGCGCUGGCGCAGCACCGGGGCGUGGUGCACCUGCCGUACCAGAUGUCCAUCAUGGGCAUGUACGAGCUGUUGGCGGCGGGCGGCGUGUACCUGCUGCCCAGCCCCGACCUGUUCAGGCAGCUGCGCCAGAAGCACCGCUUCGGCACCGCCUUUGUGCCGCUGCUGUCGCGCUCGGCUGUGCGGCGGCGCGACGGCAGCCGCCUCAACUGGACCCACUAUGUGGAGUGGUACCACCCGGACUUUGAGCAGGCGAUGGUGUACUGGGACAGUUGGGAGGCGCUGCAGCGGCUGAUGCGUCUGCCGCCCUCCGACCCGAUGUGGGAGGCCAAGAGGGCGGCGGCGCGGGCGGCCAUGGCGCGGGUGCGUGGAGCCAGCCUGGCGGGCUGGGGGCAGGUGCUGGGGCAGGCGGCGGAGGCGGCGUGCGGCGGCGGGCCGCCGUGAGGGGGGGCGGGGAAAGUGGUUUGGUGGUGGGGUGGUGAGUGGGUGGGCGGCCCGCCGGAGAGGUGGCGGUGGAGGCGGAGGCGGCGCGGCAAUGUUUUCGGGGGUGGGGAAGCGCCUGUUUGGGCGCUGGCGCCGGGGUUCAAGAAGUUCAACAAGGAAAGUGUCACGAGCACUCAUUAAUCCACUGAUUCCACGCCAGGCGUGGGUCACGCGAGGGAUUGAGGGUCGGCAACGGACGCGGCCGAGGGGCCGUCCGCUGCUGUUUCGGUCCGUCAGAUGAGGGCCAUCCCCUGCUGUUUAGGCCCGUCAGAUGACAAGCACUGUGUCGUGUCGUGCCGUGUAUCCGCUUCUGAAUGAGUGAGUGAGUGAUGAAUACUGCUGGCUACAUCUUAUUCUACAGGGGAAACCCCUGUUAGUCCAUGUAUGCCUGCGGCUCUGCAUGCUGUCCUAGGCUCCUAGAUAGCCUUCCAGCAGUUCUAGGAAUCAGCAGGGAUGCAUGGGGGCCAGAAGGAAGGCGGCGCUCAGGAGCGGCGUGCUCCUGAGACGCCGUGCCGGUGCACUCACUCCCACCUUCAAGCUUACAGUUCUUGAGACUCAGACCGUGUUGACAAUCAGUCUUUCCUUGACCAGCACUCACCCGGAAGCCCGAAACGGCGAAACCAGCCACGUGCGAACAGCCAGUGACGACACACGUACAUGCGGCCAUCGGCCAGAGCCACCCUGUCACGCAGCCAAUGGCACGACUUCGCACGAUAUGCAGGAGACGCAUGUCUCCAACGGUCCAGCCACUCCCAGCUGGCUACUUGUAACCUUGUUUUGCG